AUGAGCAGAGUAGAAGGAGAUGAUCCCGCAAUCGGAGACAAUAAUACGCAAAGCAGUAGAACGGGAGAGGGGCUCAACGCUCCGCCGAGAAGAGCCACGGGCGAAAGCUCGUUUUGCCCGGUCACUACAUCGGAAGGAGGUAUUCACCCAGGCCCUAUAUCAGGGGUCACCACUCAUUACCCGUGGGGAAUGCCAUCAUCGAGUAACAUUCCCCCAACAUCAUACUUCACCCCUACGCACCAAACUACUCAAAAUUUUUUAAGACCGGGUGUAACCCCCAUCAACCUCACAUUCACCCCAAGCACCACCCCCGCACCCAGACAAACCACCACAGAAAUCCAAAAUCCUACGCCAGCACAAAUCCAAGAAUACAUCGAGUUUCAUACUCGGCAACUAGCUUUCCUUCAACAGGUACAACAGGCCCAUACUCGGCCAACAGCCCCAACCGCAACUCAGGAUAACACUACCACUCCACCAUACAUACCGACCGCACCACCUCACCCACAGGAAUUCUACCAAGGCCAAACAACACCUGAGGAAGCAAACCGCGAGAAAAAUCCACGUGAACAAAACCCAGAGCCAGCGCAGGUCGGACAUAAAACUCCAGAGGGACAUAAAAAGACACCAAAACGGGUUGAGAUCGAAGAAAGCGUGCACAGCUCGGGUGCUGAUUCACCAAAGAAAAAAAACCUGGAGCAAGAAAUCACCGAAAGGGUCAGAACCGAGAUGGAAAAAUGUAGGAGGAAAGAGCCGAGAAACACAAGCUUCCUGAACAUCGGAAACCCACUGUCGGCCGAAAUACGAGAAGAACCCUUCCUUUUAAACUACAAAACACCGCAGUUAGACGAUUACAAUGGAACAGGGGACCCGAUCACACACUUGAGUUGUUUCCAAGUGGUCAUGAUGGUACAAUGUUGGUCCGAGGCUGCCGUCUGCAAACUCUUCCCAACUACCCUAAAAGGACCAGCUGCCAUCUGGUAUCAAAGCCUAAAAGAAGGCUCUAUUCGAAGUUUCGACGAGCUGGCAAGAGCUUUCCGAACGCAUUUCGCACCAAGCAUACAACGGAAGAAAAAGUCCAGUGACUUAAAACUUUGCUACCAGAAGCCAGGAGAAAGUCUACAGAGUUUUAUCGGCCGAUUCAAUGCAGAAGCGGUCGAAGUGGGGAAUUUGAAUGAUGAUACCGUGAUAGAUGCAAUGAAAGACAACACAACAAUGAUGGCCUUCCGGGAUAACCUGAUAACAAACCCAGUACAAACUUACUCCCAGCUUAUGGACCGAGCCUGGAACUAUAUAAAUUUGGACGAAGAACAACGGCGAAAAGCCGCACAAACUACAGCACCGUUCCGCACACCGAGGCCCACCUUUGAUCAGAGUGCUAGGCACGACAGGUUCGGACCAAGAAACCAACAACAAGUCGGUCCACAGCGAGCAGACCCACAUCGACCAGUGAAAGUAGAAGACCAAGCCUUCAUUCCACUCAAUACACCGAGAUCACACAUCUUGAUGUGGAUACAAAAUAACAAUGAGCCAGUGAGAUACCCACCCAAAUUACAAUAUGAGGGAGACAGGAAAAAAUAUUGUCAGUUCCACGACGGCCAUGGCCAUGUCACCGACGAAUGCGGAAGUCUGAAGAAAGAAAUAGACCGUUUGGUACAAGUCGGUCGGUUAAAAGACUUUGUGGCACAGAGAAAAAGUUACAACUCAGGAGGAAGAAACCAAAGGGAUAAAAAUGGAAAAAGAGAGGAAGCACCGCCACCAAAAAGACAAAACGUGUCAGGAAUAAUUAACACCAUAGCAGGCGGAAUGACGGACCCAGAAUACAAGCGAGGAAGGCGCAAAAGGCAGAAGACGGUAAUGAACAUAUCAGUGGCUAAAGCUAUACCAGAAGUAAAGUUCGGCCCAACUGAUGAGGAAGGAAUUGAUUUUCCCCACCAAGACCCGCUGGUAAUCUCGGGCUUGAUAGAAAAUUUCUGGGUAAUGAGACAGCUAGUGGACGAAGGAAGCUCAGUUAACCUCAUCACGAAACAGGCAUAUCUCGGAAUCGGCUGCUCAAUACUGAACCUCAAACCAGUCAAAACCCCCUUAGUUGGCCUAGGGGGAACACCGGUACAAGCGGAAGGAGUAGCGGAAUUAACGGUACAGCUGGGGAAAGAAAACGGAUCCACAGAAGGGGGCCUGGUCGGCAUCACUAAGAAGUUUAAAACACUGUUUAUGGUUGUUGAUAUGCCGCUUGCUUACAACGUCAUACUCGGCAGACCAAUGUUAUAUAGUACGGGAGCUGUCACAUGCAUUAAAUACUUGUGCAUGAAAAUACCAACCGAGGAAGGAGUGGUAACAGUCAGGGGAAGACAAGACAUAGCCAAGCAGUGCUACCUGGUAUCAAUGAGAGCAGUAUCAGAAACCCUAGCCAUUGAAACAAUGGAGAUACCAUACUCGGAUGAAGGCAAGCUCGAACCAAACGGAAAGUUGGAAAGAGUUAGUCUGGCAGGAAUAACACCAAGAUCGGUCUAG